GUCGGAGAACACUCAAAUCUCGAAUAUAAAUAUGUGCAUGGUAUAUUAAUUUUAGACAGCGACCUCUGUUCCGUCGAAAGCUACAUGAAUCGUGUAUUCACGUAAGGAAUGCUUCAUUCCUUCAUCUGCGUGAAGUUCCCUGCAAAUCACGAAAUUCCAAAUGCUCUUGAAUUGCUGAACGCAUCGUGCAUCAUUCCAUUCUUUACUCCCCAGGUGGUGACGGAUGGUAUUGGGUUGUUGGAUUGAGGGGUUCCAAUGUUUGGUUGCGGGAUGAUUCUGAAGAAAUCUGAUGGGGUUGAUUUGAACGCAUUCUACCCGGUCAGGCCGGAGUGCAGUGAUGAUUCUCGCAAGACCCGUUUUAAGCCUGGGAAGACGCUGAGCGCGAGGAAGUGGCAUGCCGCGUUUUCUGAGGAUGGUCAAUUGGAUGUUGCCAAAGUGCUCCAUCGCAUCCAACGGGGGGGGGUCCAUCCAUCAAUUAGAGGAGUUGUGUGGGAGUUCCUAUUGGGAUGCUUUGAUCCCAACAGCACCUUUGAUGAGAGAAAUCAGUUGAGGCAACAAAGGAGAGAGCAGUAUGGGAUAUGGAAAGCAGAAUGUCAGAAAAUGGUUCCACUGAUUGGCUGCGGGAGGGUCAUCACCUCACCUAUCAAAAAUGAUAAUGGCCAACAAUUGAAUGCUGAUAAGGAUUGCAAUGGAGCUGUGUCAUCAUCAUCUCUAGAUCCCUCCACCGGUCAUGGAGGGCUUGUUCAUAAUACAAACGAAAAGAAAGUGACAAACUGGAAACUCAUUUUGCACCAAAUUGGUUUGGAUGUUGUUCGAACUGAUCGAGCUCUUGCAUUUUAUGAAAGUGAAAUCAAUCGGGCAAAACUUUGGAAUGUUCUUGCUGUUUAUGCUUGGGUCGACAGUGAUAUUGGAUAUGUUCAAGGAAUGAAUGACAUAUGUUCUCCAAUGGUAAUACUUUUGGAACACGAAGCUGAUGCUUUUUGGUGCUUUGAGCGAGCAAUGCGAAAACUGAGGGAAAACUUUAGGUGCACUACAAGUUCAAUAGGAGUACAAUCUCAACUUCGUACACUCUCCACAAUUAUCAAAACUAUAGACCCUCAACUGCAUCAACAUCUCGAGGAUCUGGAUGGUGGGGAGUAUUUAUUUGCGAUUCGUAUGCUAAUGGUUCUUUUUAGAAGGGAAUUCUCAUUUAUUGAUGCUUUAUACCUUUGGGAGCUGAUAUGGGCCAUGGAGUACAACCCAAAUAUAUAUUCAAUGUACGAGGAUACAGCUGUAGCUGAGACAGCACUUAAGGUGGAUGAGAAGCUACUAAUCAAGCAAUGUGGUAAAUUUGAGAAGGAAAAGGUAAAGACUGGACAUGUAGACCAUGAGAGUGCUCUUGCUGUUUUUCUUGUUGCAAGCGUGCUAGAGACCAAGAAUAAGACCCUUCUGAAGGAGGCCAAGGGACUAGAGGAUGUUGUCAAGAUUUUGGGUGAGACAACUGGAAAAUUAGAUGCCAAAAAGGCCUGCAAAGCAGCAUUAAAGAUUCAAAAGAAGUACCUGACUAAGACAAAGCAAUCAUAGUCAAAGUAUCAGUAAUUCAAGUCAUUUCCCCAAAUAUGUUGUGGCGUUGCCCAAGGUAGAUCCCGAGCAUUAACUCUUGCGGAACGAUACAGCAAUGUUCUUGCCAUUUCUGGUCCUGGUCACUGAGGAGGAUUUGGAGUUGGAAUCACAUCGGAAUAGAAUUAUUGCCCUUGCAAGAUGCAUCUGCUUGGUACGCAAUGUUCUUGCCUGCAGAAACUGAGAGUAACGCUCAAGCUAAAGCUACGAGUUGUGUUUCUGGCUCUCUAGGCCUUUAUGUCACAGGUCCAUGGUAGCAGUAUUAAUGGAAAGAGGGAUGAAGAAGUAAAAUGUAUUCUGUACAUUGGUGUGUUGCAGCUUAGUUACCAAAAACACAGAGGACGAAAAGGGAAUUGACAAAUGAUUAUGCAGAUGCACCAAAAUGUGAUCACAAUGUAAAUCAUAAAAGCAAAUGGAAAAUAUUGACUGUGCCCCUAAGGUGCUUGUUAAGGGCCGUUAAUUGUGCUUUGCAAACAUAAACAUUUCUAUUUGAAGUAUGAGACUUUUUUUCAAAUA